AUGACACCACCCCCUCCAGGACGACCGGUAUCGAUAAGGACGCCGACAAGGGGAGGAGCCUCAACCAUUCCAAGUGAUGAUGUAGCCGGAAUUCGAUUACGCGGAGUCUUUGAGCCAUUAUUCACACCGGUCCAACGCUCAUCAGUUCAAAAGAUAGUCAGUUAUUUGGAGGACGGGACAGAAGUGACUACCUUUGUGAUGAACACACCUACCAGCCACGGGAGCGCCGACUCCAAUGGGUUCCGGAGUCCCUUUCAGCGCGAUCCGAGCCCGCCACUCACACCCAGUGAUGCCGACAGCAUCUGGCGCGAGAAUGAGAGGCACUCAAAUGAAAUUCGAAAUCAGAUUUCACGGCUUUUGAGCUUCGACUCAACCCUAUCUGAGAGGGAUGAAACCACUCAUCAUCACAUCUUUUCUGUACGCUCCAGGUCCAACACUCUCGAGAGUUGUGCGGAAACAACAUCUGUACUUUCCAUCAUAUACGCUUCCUCCGAUGAUGUAAGUAAUGGAGUUGAGGAAGGCAGUUUGUCAUCAGAUCGGUGUGUGGAGGAUGCAGCUGGUUCCCUGCCUGUCGAGAGAUCGCAUCGGACUGUGCCAAAACCUCCCUCUGAUCCAACUGAGAAACCAAGCACUGAGAUGAGGUCGCGUCGGAACAGUUCGGUUAGCAUGGUUGCAAUGUUGGCCCCAUCAUCCAAGAAGAAUUUCGCAUCGAUGGGAAAGACAAUGACAGCUCGCUUCUUCAUUUCUGGAUCGAAGGCAUGUAAAAAGUUGGUUUCUCGGAUCGGCCUAUUUGAUAUUUUUACUCGUCGCUCUAAAAAUCCAUAUACGUCAGCUGGGUCAAUAGCAUCUUCCGAAGCAUCAACCCUGUGUACCAGUAUAAAUCAUUUCUCCGAAAGGUCCGAUGGUAGAAACUAUCUCCUCAACGCAAGCAGUCACGCGGAAUCGAUUUGGAGCGUUGAAAGAGACGCGACCGUUGGUGCUUCAUCGCCACGCGAGGGGAGUCCGACAGGUGAGAGCGAGAAGAAUGCAGACAAGGAUAUUGACGGCUACGGCGGUUUAGCCGCUAGUGGGGAGUACUCUCAGGGCACUAGUACCACGCACGAAACCCCUAUGUCAAGCAUGAGCUCAAAGCUCAAGAAUUCCGGAUGCGAUCGCUACCUGCGUCUAUGCCAGAGUAGCAGCGAAGGAUAUGAGAGGCCACCAACUGCGGCCUAUUACGAAGAUCCCACCGAUCCGACCUCAUAUUACCGCCCAGAACACACUCAGUCCGAUAUUGAUAAUGACAUACCAACUCCUCCUUCCGGGCGAUGUGUUCGGCCAACAUGCUAUACAACAAUUGGAUCAAACACUUCGGUAUCAAGAGCAUGGACCGUUCUUCGACCUAACUGGCAAAGAGAAUUCAUUAGUGGCAGUGAUGGGAGAGAAGUGGAUGAACCAAAGAAGAGGAGAUGCCGGGACAUAUCGUAUAUCUCCAAUCCUUCCUCCAUCUCUGUAGGAAGUACUGGAACCGUUAUCAAAAGGGUCCCUCUAGAGAAAGAUGAUAAGCAAAGGGUGAGCCAAGCAGCAGAUCAGAUGGCUACUUCACCUUCGCAACUCGAGAGCCUCUUUUCUGCUGAUGCGGCAGGUACGGAUGAGUUUGCAAAUAAUAGCGAGUGUGGUUCGAUGGGAGCGGUUCCGUCAGCACUAAUCACCUUGCAUCAAACUCACGAUCUACACCGCGUGCUCGUCCAGGAUACCACUCAGCUUCCCACAGUAUCAAAUGCUAUCUACCAGGUUGUGGCGGAUGCACAAAACUUCAAGGUCUUGGAGGAGAGGGUUUUUCAACCUGGACAGUCAGGUGUGGUCGCUCUUUCCGAAGACGCAAAAGCAGUCCCGAUCCAAGGUUCUCUGGAUAUGGAAGAGACUAAGAGACAGUCUUGGCUUAAACAAAUUUCCUUGAGAGUUAAAGCCAGCGUGAAUGAUCUCCGGAAACGAGAUUUCGGCUACAACACAGAUCGUCGAAGGCGCUAG